UUUGACUUCUAAUUCCAAAUCCCAAAGAUAAAAAAAAAAACCCUUUUUGUUCGGCUUCCUCGUUCUCUGUCUUUUCCUCCGUCAAGGCGAAGAAGUUCUCCACCAAAAUUAUUUUGUCUGUGCCUCAAUCCCCCUUCCCAGUCUCUCUCUCCAAAAAAGCAAGCUUCUCUCUCUAAAUUUCUGGGUUUUUCUUUUCAGUGUACGUUGCAGAUUCUAGCUGAUUUUGAGUCAGAGAGAGAGAGAGAGAUUACUGGGUUUGUCUAUUUCAUUGAUGUGGAGAUCGUGAAUGGCAGAAUCUGACUGAGUUUUGAUCGGGGAGAGAGAGAGAGAGAGAGAGAUGGGAGGAUGCGUGUCCACGCCAAAGAGCUGCGUGGGAGGGAAAUUGAAAUUGAGGACUAGUAAGAGAAUAAAGACCCGAAAAAGAAGGAAGCUUCAGAAGAAGAGAGUCGUGUCCUCUCGCCUCUCUGACGGAUCCUUCGACAACAGCUUCGAUCCUUCUUGUCCUUCAGAUCAUCACCAUCCCCACUUCUCUUCUCCCUUCUCCAAUCCCACUUUCCGAGCAAGUGUUGAUGAAGCGUGGUUCGAUUCCAAUCUCGCCUUUGAAACCGACUGUGAUGAGGAUUUUCACAGUGUUCAAGAAGAUGCAUUGUCCUUAAACGGAGCCGAGCGUGUGUCAGUUUCAAGUAUGUCAUCCGUCCGAGACUCCAAUGUCGGAAAUUCUGCUCGGCGCUCUCAUAGUGACUUUCCCAAAUCUUCCAAUUGCAGUGCCUCAAACCCAGAUGAUCCCGUCUCCCAACCAAAGUCGGACGGUGCAUUUCAUGAGACAAAGCAGCCUGUUUUCAUUGACGAGAUAUCUUUGGCUGCUGAUGAAAGUUCCCGGAGAGAUGAAGGACUAAUGGAAAACUGUGGAAUCCUUCCGAGCAACUGUUUGCCUUGCCUGCAUACAACUGUUCCUUCUGUCGACAAGAGAAGGUCUCUGAGCUCUAGCCCUCCGAGUACAAGGAAAAAAGCUGCCCUGAAACUAUCUUUCAAGUGGAGAGAAGGGCAUGGUACUGGUGCCUUGUUUUCUUCAAAAAUGCAGCUACAGAGACCUAUUGCCGGGUCUCAGGUUCCAUUCUGCCAAAUAGAAAAGAAAAUUCUUGAUUCCUGGUCUGCCAUUGAGCCAAGUAGUUUCCGGGUUCGAGGCAAAAUGUAUUCCAGGGAUAAGAAGAAAGAGCUUGCACCAAACUGUGCUGCAUAUAAUCCUUUUGGUGUCGAUGUAUUCUUAACACAACGUAAAGUAAACCAUAUAUCACAGCACGUGGAACUUCCCGUUGCCAAUACCCCGGGAAAACUCCCGACUAUUCUCGUUGUAAAUGUCCAGAUUCCGUUGUAUCCAACAGCUAUAUUUCAAGGCGAAACUGAUGGAGAAGGACUGAGUUUUGUUUUAUACUUCAAGCUAUCAGAAAAUUACUCGAAAGAACUUCCACCUCAUUUUCAUGAAGGCAUUCGUAAAUUAAUAGACGACGAGGUUGAGAAAGUUAAAGGCUUCCCUAUGGACACAAUUGUGCCAUUCAGAGAAAGGCUGAAGAUUUUGGGGCGUGUUGCAAACGUAGACGAUCUUCAUCUGAGUGCUGCUGAGAAAAAACUCAUGCAAGCUUAUAACGAAAAACCCGUCCUUUCACGUCCACAACACGAGUUCUUUUCGGGCGAGAAUUACUUUGAGAUCGAUAUUGAUAUGCACAGAUUUAGCUACAUAUCCAGGAAAGGUUUCGAAGCAUUCUUAGAUAGACUUAAACUAUGUGUCCUCGAUGUUGGCCUCACAAUUCAGGGGAACAAACCCGAGGAGCUUCCCGAGCAGAUUCUGUGCUGCAUUCGGUUAAACGGGAUCGAUUACAUGAACUACCAUCAGUUAGCUAUAAAUCAAGAACUCCUAUGACAAUGGUUUCUUUGGCCUGACACAAUCGUAUGUCAAGUAAGUAUAUAUGUCUGAAUCUUGGCUCAGAGGAUGAAAAUGUGUUCAGAAUCUGAAUCCACAGUUGUAUCAAUCGGUAAAUGAAAUAAGGAUUUAGGGUUUUUUCUUACUCCUGCCUCGAGCUCGAAGUUACUUUCCGGGAAAGAUUCUGAUUCUGUCAGGUUUCUCCUGCCAGCAACAAGCUAGUGUUUCUGGGAAAACCAUUGCUGUGAUCAAUGCUAAGAAGUUUCAGGGCAGAAUACAUUGUGCAGUAACUUCUCUCCUGGGUUUCGGUUCUUAGCCAUGGUUGUCUUUGCUGCGUAGAGUAAGGUUGUCUUGUCCGAAAGUUCUAAGUCUUGCUACAACUCGGCGUUGGGCAAAGUUUUACAGUUGACGAUACGUUAAACCUUAAUAUUUUUUUCAGUGAUUUUAUUGGAUGUAAAACAUCAGAAUGAUUUGAUUCCGAAAGAUUAGAUUAUCUAA